AUGGGCACGCCUCUUGGACCUCUACUAGCUGACAUAUUCAUGGGCAAGCUGGAGAAAUUUCAACUAAAUUAUCAGAUCCACAAGUUAAAACAGUAUAAUCGCUACAUCGAUGACAUCUUCGCGAUCGCCACGACCAAAACCAAUGUAGAGGCACCCUUUAAUGCUGUCAACCAAGCACACCUGUCCAGUAAGUUCACCUUGGAGGUGGAAACGGCAAGUUCGCUUCACUUCUUGAACGUCUUCCUAAGUUGCAGACCUGACGGUAGCGUUUGA